CAUUAAUAUAAUGUAUAACUCAGUUACAUGGGUAGUGUUUUGAGUGACUAUAAUGAACAUCGAGGAUUGUUUGUAGGCCAGUGGUAAAUUGACUUAUGGCGUUGUCAGUUGUUAGGAAAGGGGUGAUUUCCCUUACAGGCCGUGCUGGACGCAGCCUUGUUGCCCCAGCUGCUGUAAUUCAACCUCAGAUUGCGACAAUUGUAAGUAAGGCUUUGCGUGGACGAGAUUACAAACGCCCUGCACCUUUUCCAUACAAGGAUAAUUCUUAUGGAUUAUUUCAAGCAUUUCUUGAUAAAACAACCCAUAGGAUGGAUGAGAAUUCCAAGAUAAUUGUUGUAGAUGGACCAAUUGCUGCUGGAAAAACUAAAUUUGCCCAGGAAUUGGCAGAAGAAUUGGACAUGCAUUACAUCCCUCAAGCCAACAUGGAUAUGGUGUAUAUCAACAGCUAUGGGUACGACUUACGGCAGCUUGAUCCACUGGUACCAGACACUUGCAAGAGUUUUGAUGAGAAGGAUUUUCUUGGAAACCCAAAUCAUCGACGUGUUGCUGGCUUCCAGUUUGACAUGCUCAAACUUAGGUUGAAUCAGUACCUCGAUGCCCUUGGCCAUUUACUGAGUACAGUGGUGAGAGAUAUGAAGUGGGCUUCAAUAGUGAUAUGGGCGACCAGUUCAUUUUGACAAAAGUGAAAAAAGAUUUGGCAGUGUAAAUAACUUGGUGUAAGGAACCAUGGUGUUAUUGCAUAGGCAGAUUAUUUAAGUUUAUUUUAUAAAUAGAUUGUGCUGAAAUUGAAACAGACAUUUCCAGUAUAAAGUUUGUAAAUUAUGUACAGAAUGGAAAGUGAUAUAAAUGAUUUACAAAAUUUUA